UUUCAUAUGUCUGCACCUGUGCUUGCCCUACUCGUUCAACCUGCUUUACCAUUCGGUCACACCCCAACUCCAACCACCUGAGCUCUACUUAUCAGCGGAAAUGCCGAGCCAAACAUCACGGCUACUUCCUCGUCCUAGCAGACUUCUGGAUCGUGACUCAUGUAUUUUUAUCCAGAGUUUGAAACAGCAACUAAUCUGAGUGCAGAGUAAUGGGAUCAGACGAGGCCUACAACUUUGUCUUUAAAGUGGUUCUCAUAGGGGAAUCGGGCGUAGGCAAGAGCAACUUGCUUUCACGCUUUACUAAGAACGAGUUCAACCAUGACAGCAGGACCACUAUUGGUGUGGAGUUCAGUACGAGGACGAUGGAACUGAACGGCCUCACUAUUAAAGCUCAGAUUUGGGACACAGCCGGAUUGGAGCGGUAUCGUGCCAUCACCUCGGCUUACUAUCGAGGUGCUGUUGGAGCGCUGCUUGUUUUUGACAUCUCAAAGCACCUGACAUACCAGAGCGCAGAGCGCUGGCUGAAGGAACUUUACGACCAUGCCGAUCCCCAAAUUGUGGUCAUGCUGGUUGGUAACAAGUCAGACUUGGCAUCGGUACGAUCCGUGCCAACUGAGGAUGCAAAAGAUUUUGCAGAAAAGAACGGAUUGCUCUUCAUGGAAACCUCUGCGCUGGAAUCAACAAACGUCGAAGCCGCUUUCAACAACGUCCUCACAGAAAUCCACAAGAAAGUAAACAGCAAAGAGGUGACCCGUGGCUCAAUCAACGCCGUGUCGCUGUCCAAUCCCAGCGCAGGAUCCACUGAAGCUCAGGACGAGAAGAAACCCUGCUGCAAAAACUUAUAAGAAUGAAGACAUGCAGAACAUAGAGGAGCGGAGAGGACCACGCUGCGUCUGUGGGACACGGUGCUGUCUGUCCGAUGACAACUCCAAAAUAAAAUGCUGUUUGCUGACUGACUGAUGUGGCCAUAUGUAUUUCGCUACCAUGUUGCUAUCACGAGAAAGUAUUCUUGUGCAUGUUUUAUUUAGGCUGAAAUUGUUUCCUUACAUGUUUUCCCCGUCUUCUCUCACAUGAGCACUAGCAAUCUGAGCAUUUCGUAGCUUUGUGAAAAGUUUUAUUUCAUUAUUUAACCAUGUUGAAAGCAUGUCCUUUAAGAUUUAUUUCCAAUGACUGUCAGAUGUAAAAUGUGACAUGUUGACGAUACUGUUUCAAACUAAACGUUGUGAACCAACAAAAAACUGUAUACUACAUUUCAUGUAUUUCAGUCUUGACCCAGUUAAAUCCUUAUUGUAAUGAGGACACAGAUUUUCUUUUAACACUGAUAUAUCAAUCAAAUAUGGUAUGAAAUAAUAAAAACAAAUAUAAUAAUGAAAUAUAUGAUAUAUGUUAAAUAUGGUACACUGUAAGACGAUUAAUAAAUUGACCACAUUUGUUCACGAAA